AUGUCGGUUCCUAGUCAUCAAUUUGCGCCUGUAGAUGGGGUACCCCAUAUCGAUACACAAACACGCAAAGCGGCGCGUAGUCCGCCCCACGACGACAUAUGCUGCAUCUAUGUUCAUGCCGGGGCUGGGUACCACAGCCACCAAAACGAGAGGAUACAUCUAGAGGCAUGCAACGAUGCUGCACAAAUCGCCAUGCUCAUUCUCAAGAACGGGGGCUCUGCAUUAGACGCUGUUGAGAUUGCCAUCAAGACGCUCGAAGACAGAGAGAUUACCAACGCUGGGUACGGAAGUAACCUUGCUAUGGACGGCGUUGUAGAAUGCGAUGCCUCCAUCGUAGAUCAUUAUGGGCGUAGCGGGGCCGUUGGAGCAGUUGCUCAAAUCAAGAACCCCAUAUCUCUAGCACGUAUGGUUCACGACCAUACCAUGGAUCCGCUUACACUGCGCCGAGUCCCUCCAAACCUUCUAGUCUCCCAGGGCGCUACCGAUUUCGCCAUCGAAAUGGGCAUGCCAAUUCUGCCGCACGAUGCACUAAUCUCACCAGCUGCCAAAGACCGCUGGAUGCGAUGGCUCUCGGAUUUGAGAUCCGCCGAACGAAAAUCGAAGAAGAGCAGCACACACCCGUCAUGCUGGAAGAUCAGGGAGAAACUCGAAUCAGAAGAUGAGGCUGAACGGCAACGGAUGCGCGAACAGCACACCCAAAACUUGCUAGCAGCCUGCACAUUUCUCUCGCAAUCACACUCACCCCUAUCUUCGGACGACACAAUGUAUGACCAAGUUGAAAGUAACCAGUCUGAUUCUCUGCCUCUGUCAAAGCGGUCUUCGGGUUCUUGGAACAGUGAUGAUCAUAUCAGUACCCCGGAAUUGUCUGAACAAACAUCGCUGAUUGACAAUCCUGCUCGUAGUGCUUUCAUCAAUAGCACGCAGACGGUGCCUACCCUGAGCCACUGCAGAGAUAUCCCCGCGGGUCCUGACUUGAGUUACAAUAGUGUAAUAGAUACCAGUCCACAGGAAGAAGUGCACGGGGCUUUUUCACGCAAGGCUUGGGCUGAUGGCUCGAGCGAUGAUUCCGAUUCCGGAUCCAGCGCUCACACAGCGAAGGUCCAUUCUUCAACCAAACCUCAUGAAAAAGCAGCAGAGCCUCACCUACUCGAAAGUAUGGGCAGUAAGACUACAGAGACCAACACAACUCGGCCAGCCCCACCCGGACCAGGUCCACAACAACCCGAGGAAGAUCACAUCACUGACACUGUUGGAGCCAUUGCGAUAGACAGUUGGGGCAACAUAGCUUGUGGGGCUUCUUCUGGGGGUAUUGGUAUGAAGUACCGCGGGCGUGUCGGCCCCGCAGCUCUCGUCGGAGUAGGCACUGCAGUCAUUCCUGCCGAUCCAAACGACCCCGAGCAGAUAUGUGUAGCGACUGUUACUAGCGGGACUGGUGAGCAUAUGGCAACAACUAUGGCUGCUACAGUUUGUGCCGAGCGACUCUAUCAGAGUACGAAGAAAGGACGUGGUGGAGAGUAUAUCGAGGUCACCGAAGACGAGGCUUUGAAAGCCAUGAUCGAGAAUGAGUUUAUGGGCCAUCCAAGUGUCAAGCACAGUAAUUCUGCCGGAGCUAUUGGCAUUUUAGGUGUCAAGAAAAUGCGCACUGGCGUGUUGCUGUAUUAUGGGCACAACACCGACUCAUUCGUCAUGGCUUCCAUGUCCGCUUCGGAUGAACACCCAGCCUGCUCGAUGUCACGCAGCAACGGCAACGGCCAAGUCGCUCAGGGCGGCCGCAUGAUAUCCAUGAGGCGUAGCAAAAAGGCAAAAUCUACAUCUCGUCGACAAGUGUAG